AAGACAUUAAAGAGCAAAAAAAAUCGCAGAGCAUUCUUAUGGGAGGCGUUUCUUUGUGUUUGUUUACAUCGUUCCCGAUCUGGACCGGUGACCGUUUAAUUCUCAGUUAACCGGUAAAGGACACAUAUCCUAGGCUUGGAUUCGAACUGGCAUGACCUCAAUCUCGUCUCGUCGUUUGCGCAAAGAACUCAGUGAAAUACAAACAGAAGGAUGUCCCACAGGCAUCACACUACUCAGCGCUGACAACUUUGAGACGUGGUACUUCUCCAUAGAAAUUCUGGGGGAAAGUUUAUACCAGGGGGAGGUAUUCAAGCUCAUGUUUCGCUUUGACCCAAGCUACCCUAUCUCGGCGCCUGCGGUCCAGUUCGUCGUCAACCAGGAAUCAACGGCACCUGUGCAUCCGCAUGUAUACUCCAAUGGACAUAUCUGUGCUUCUAUCCUUGGAACUGAAUGGUCACCAGUUCUGAGUGUUUCUGCUGUGUGUGUAACCCUGCAGAGCAUGCUUGCAUCGUGUAAAUCGAAGGAACGGCCUGUAGAUAACGACAGGUACGUUCGGUACGCACCCGAUAAUCCAAAGAAGACUCGUUUCCACUACGAUGAUGAUACGGUGUAGUAGUUGUGGUAGUGAUUGUUGAAUAUAUCUUGGGCCUAAAGGCAGAUGUUGUACUACCAAGGGGAUCAUCGAGGCAACGCGAGGAGUCAUAUUCCAGUUCUUUGGGUCUAUUCAUGGGAUUUUUGCUAUGAAGUGAUGGAGUUUAGACCCCACAGAUGACGCUUGUAGACUCCAUGAUUGUAUGCUUGAUUUCCACGAGUCCUGCUAAGUCCUACCCGACUUUGAUCCGCCUGCUUAUCUACGGCGCGCGUGAACUGUAGAAGUCUGUUUCUACCCACGACGUGUAGGUUUAUUGGUGAGAAAGACAGCUUGGUAACCUGUGCUGGACAUAUUUGGAGAUAAGUGGAUGCCCGCAGGCGGUUGCUCACC